UCGGAUCAAACAAUUUUUAUAGACAUGCUGAGUAUUUGUGUUGGUAAAACCAGUGGUGACAGACCUCCUCCAGCUGAGGWCUCAGUGACAUAACUCCAGCUGAUGCCGUCCCAAACAUCAUCCCUGAAAGGCCUGAAGGUGGAAAAAAUGACAGUGAAUAAAUGUAAUACCCGAGCCAUGACAUCACUCCCUCUGAUGAGGAGGCUGCGCCUGGAUUGGAYGGUGCCACCGACCAAUCAGAGCGCACACAUGGGAAGAGUUUAAAAAGAUUCAGGAAGGUGUCUGAGUUGUCCGAAAUCCUCACCAGCUGCCCCUGAGCUAGACUGUUCAUAUUAAAAAAAAGGGAAAAAAAACCUCAUUAUAUUUAAGGAAAAAUCUACUACACUGGACUAUCUGGGGACUUUUCUUCUUCCUGCCUCGGACAGAGAGCUGCUACCUAUUUUYUCCCUCUUUAAAGCCCCCCUCUUCUUCCUCCUCCUCCUCCUCCUCAGCUCUGUCUGUAAACAGAGAAAAAAUGACAACACAUUUCAGGAGCGGACCAGCCUUUGGACUUUCUGCUGAGGUUAAGAGUAAGUUGGCUGGGAAAUAUGACCCACAAAAGGAAGAGGAGCUGAGGCUGUGGAUUCAAGAYGUGACGGGCAAAAAAAUUGGAGACAACUUUAUGGAGAGUCUGAAGGAUGGAGUUGUGUUGUGCGAACUGAUUAACAUUCUGCAGCCAGGCUCCGUGAGGAAGAUCAACCAUUCUAGUCAGAACUGGCACCAGCUGGAAAACAUCGGGAACUUUGUUCGUGCCAUCACGGAAUACGGCCUAAAGCCYCACGACAUCUUCGAAGCCAAUGAUCUGUUUGAGAACGUCAACCACACCCAGGUCCAGUGUACACUCAUCGCUCUGGCAGGAAUGGCCAAAUCCAAAGGUUUCAACUCCAAGUAUGAUUUGGGAGUGAAGUAUGCUGAGAAGCAGCAGAGACACUUUGCUCCUGAGAAACUUAUGGAGGGACGGAACAUCAUAGGCCUGCAGAUGGGCACCAACAAACUUGCCAGCCAAAAAGGCAUGACCUCCUACGGGACACGGCGUCAUCUGUACGACGCCAAGAUAGGCAUGGACAAUCCGGCAGACCAGUCCACCAUCAGCCUACAGAUGGGCACCAACAAGGGAGCCAGCCAGUCUGGCAUGGUGGCACCUGGAACCAGGAGGCACAUCUUUGACAAGAACCUGCAGCUGGAGAAAUGUGACACCUCCACUAUUUCUCUUCAGAUGGGCACCAACAAAGUGGCCUCCCAGCAGGGAAUGACCACCUACGGCCUGCCCCGCCAGGUCUAUGACAACAAGUACUGCACCAACCCCAUUGAGACCUAUUAUAACAAUGGGAGUGAGGUCGAGUUUGACGGUUACAACCAGUACUCUGAUUAAAAGAAGCCACGGACAACCUCUUCCCUUUGCUUUAAGAUCAGACAACCAACCACCGCUGUCUUUGUGAUGAGCAAACUUUCCAGACUGUUAUUUAAUGACGAAAUACGUCAUUUUUGUCUUCAUUCCUAGUUUGUUUUUUCUAACCCUUUUUUUAACUUUUAGGAAUUUGUUUGCUUUUCUAUGAGCACAAGAAAAAAAACUGUUUACACCGACCCAUCAAAACAUUUCUUGUUGUGGCCAACUUCUGUCACCCUUGUUAACAUUACUGCAGAUUUAACGCAACACUCUGAAGCUGGGAUGUUUUAACAUUUGAUAUAAUAUAUAGUUUGUUUUUUAAUAGAUUUCCGUGCUUAUAAUCAAAUUUUUAAAGUUUUGAUUUUUCAUCCUCCUUACUCUUCCAAAUCAGUUUAAACACUGAAGAAAUAUUUGAAAGAAGAAACCUAUAAUUGUGUUGGUGCUAUUGAACUUUUGGAAAAAAGCCCAAGUUCACAUUAGAGCUCCGUAAGCUUGAGAGUUUCACCUUUUAGGAUGGAACAGAAGCUCCUGGUGCUCAGUGUGCAGAACACAUGAGGACUUAUAGGUUUUUGGAGAUGUUGCUUUGUUUGGUGACCAUCUGCUCUGACAAGACAAUUAGAGGGAUAAUUCAGCCAGUUUGAAGUAAACUUCUGUGGAAAUACUAUAUCCUAGCUGUUGUAGAAAGCUUUUUGAAUGGGCUCACUUUGAAGAAAUAAGAGUUUACAUUUGACAGGCCUAACUGCUAGUCCAAAGUUAGAGGACCUUAUAACAGUUCCAGUCUCUAACAUUUAAUAGCAAUUCAUACUACUGCUAUUUUAUGAAGCUUUAAACCUGUCAGUUUUGGAUUAUGCUCUUAUUUACAAGAAAUUUUAUAUUUUCUAACAUGGGAGUUGGCUGUACCAAUUUUGGGGAAUCCGAGGAGCACUUACUAAAGGAGUUUCACAAUAUUUCUGUCAGAAUGAUCAUGCAAUGUGAAAUGGACAACAGGGAAAACGUUUAUAUAAUACAGUUCUUACGAAAUUUUGUAAACUUUUGAAGAUUCAAGCCGUUUUAGGACAGUAAAAUUUGUGGGUCUUCUUGGACUGGCCAAUGCUAACUCUUCAACAUGGUCUGAACAAACCCAUUUUCAAAAUAUGUAUUUUUUUUGUCUUAAAUCAAGUUUCCUUUUUUAAAAAAAUCAUACCGUUCCAUCGAAACAUUCUUUAAAUUAUUGCCCAAGUCAUUGUUUUUUCAUGUUUUACAAGAAUCUCGAAAAAAGUCACAAAGUACAUUUUAAUAAAUUUUUUUGUUUCCUGAAAAAUGUGAAAAAAAAAGACAGGCAAAAUUUAAAAAGGGGAUGUCAUGAAAUACUAUUUAAAACUUUCCAGCCACCAUCAGUUUCACAUAACAUUUUUUUUCUUUUGCAGAAAUACGAUACUCCUGCUUUAAGUGUCCCAGGCUCCAUUAAAAGUGCUAAGGCUGCCUACACUAUUUGGGCAUGUGCAUAAAAAGUGUGUAGUGCCAAAUUUACAACAUUGUAAAAAAAUUAAAAACUAGCAUUAGCAUGAACUGCUUUAAAUGUUAGAUCUAAUUUGUUUUAAGACAACAUCAACAGUUUGGUCUUAUUUGAGUUUGAACUAACCAUUAGCUUGUCAGUUCUGUCUGUCUUAAACUCUUUUUCUCCAGACUGAGGUUAUUCAAAAAGCUAUUAAUUUCAACAAGAAGCAAUAUGUUAUUAAAUGAUUAGAUUUUUACAGGAGCACAAUUCAAAAUGACUGAACUAUAACUUCAGUGCAACUAAMCAGAGUAAAUGUCAAUUUACAGGGGUAAUUCAUGUGGUAUGUUUAGGAACAUUUUGGUUCUGAGAAAGUAUAUUAUUUACUAGAGGUUUCUGUGAUGGACAGUUCAUAGAGGAGCACAUGCAUUUGUAGUUGUUUAGUUUGAAGUUUGCUCAACAUAUUCAGCAGUAGUUUCUUAGCAUGUUAACUUCUGUUUUGCCUUUUUGCAAACUUUCAGGCCAUUUUUCUUUCUGCCAAAUGCUGGAGUGGAUUUUGGCUUUGAUAGAGCUGCUUUAUUUGCACUACACUUUGUGUGCAAAAUACACAGGAGGAACGUAACUGGGUACAUCCACUCAAGAUAACUUAUUCAAAAACGAAAAAUUUGAGAUACUUAAAUUGAUAACUUCAUAACUCUAUAGUCCGAAAAAUUGAGAGGUACUACAAUACUUUUAACAUUUGUCAUUACAGAGAUUUUACACCUACUUUGAACACUCCUAAAACUGGUUUUAAUGGAGUAUUUGUACAUUGUGUAAUUGUUAAAGUGUCUGAGCACACUCUUAUUUCUAUAUUUACUGUUAAGCAGUUAAUUUAAGCCAAGAAUUCUUUGCAUUAAACUGAACUAAUACUGUUAUUGAAGGUACCACAUAAUAUUGCAGGACUCAUUACGCACACAGCUAAGGCUAGAUGUAGUUAGACAAAAAGUUAUUUUUGUGCUUUGAAUGCCAUUUUAUCAAUGUAAACCUUGUCAUUGUUUUACCAAUCCACCAAAAUGAUUUGUUUACUGAAUUGAAAUAAAGACGGUAGGUAAUAAAUGUUAUCUUUGCAAUAAUUUCUCAUGUUUACUUUUGGAUGGAAUGGUGAUAUUAAAUAAAUAAAAACAAGUUCAUUUCUGUUUCAACAUUUUUGCUAACCCGUUUUUCUCCCUUUUGUAUGCCUUUCACUAAACAUGACAUUUGUGCAAUAAAAACACUUCAAAUUGG